UUUCUGUAACGGCUUUUUCAUUACAAGUUUGGUUUUCGUGAAAGAAAGUUUUAGUACAAAAUAUAUAAGUUAAGAUGGGAAAUUACGCAAGUAAAGUUGUCGAGGAGAUAAAAGAGGAGAAGACCGAGUCCUGUUCCGUUCCAACAACGCCAAUUCUAACUCCAAAAGUUAAAAUUUUAAGUGAAUUUGAUCCAAGAUCUCCAAGUACAAACAUUGUUAGAACUCCAAUUCAGAAAUUAUCAAGUCCAAAUGAUUCUGGCAUUAAAGAAAAUGAAUGUGAUUCAUUCAAUAUUGGAUCUCCUGUUCCAAAGAUGUUAUUGCAAGAUCCUCGAUCUCCAACAUAUGAGUACAUGAGAACACCAAUUGUUGUAUCUGCAAAUAGCUGUGAAAAUCAAGCAGUGACAAAAAAUCUGGAAGGUGUUAGAAAAACUCUUACACUGAUCACCCCAAAGAAGAUCAGUGAUAUGUCCAGUCAUGUGCCACCAAAGCUUCUGGAGAGCAGUCCAGUAACUGCCAAACCAAAUGAUAAUAAACGCAAAUCAAUGGUUGGUGUCUUAGAGACUAACCUGGAUUAUGUGGAGACAAAUAUUGAUGAGGUAAUCACAAACAAAGUGGCACUUGUGGAUGAGGAGACUGUUGAAAGCAAGGAGAGUGCAUCAGACUUGAAAAUUAAAUUCUUUGAACAGAAGACAAAUGAAGAUAACUUUGAAGCUGCAUCAUCAAGUAAUGGAGAUGCUUCAUUGAAUAAUACAGACAAUAAGAGGGUUAUUGUGGAUGAUGAUGGAUUAAUAAUUAAAUCCAGCAGUACUGUGGAAGAGGAUGAACCAACACCAAAAAUUGAUGAAGCUGCACCUAAGGUACAAGAUAAAGUUCAAAGUUCUGAGCAGGAGUUUGCUAAGAAAAUAGCAACGCUGAUUUACACAGAUGAGGAUAGUGUUUUGGUGAACAGGCAAAGCAAGAAGCAGAAAGAGUGCAAUCGCAAUCCUUUGGGCAUCAGGAAUGGUGUUCCGAAGUUGAAAGUCAGCGAUAAACCGAGGAAAAACGAAUUUUCGACCUGCAAGAUUCCGAUUUACAGGAAUAAAUUGUCCACGCAGUGCGAAAAUACCCCGCCAAAAUCGAUGGCCAACGUUAAAGCGCACAGGAGUAAAGUAGCUCAAUGGGAUAGUGAUAAUACUUUAAUUAUUUAGUUUUUUCAUCUUUGUACAGUUCUUUAGAUUAAUUUUUUUUUUUUACUUUGUUUAUGUUUAGGUAUUUAAUUAAGCUUUCUCGAUUUUAAUUUAUAACUGCAUAUAUAAUACUUGUU